AAACACGUUCAACCAGAUUCCUUAUUCUUUAGAUCUCCCUCAAUCUCCCCUUACUAGUUACUUGCUACCACCUUUGCAAUUUUCACUAUUUUGCCAAUUUUUAUGCUCAUUUCCUUUCUUUCUUCCCUUUUCUUUUUACCCCACUUUUCUCUCUUUUGGUUUGCCCAUUCAGCUUUUUCUUUUCUUUUUUUAUACUCUCUUGUCCCUCAAAAUUAACAGUCAAAGAUUUGACUAAUCAAUAAUUUUUCCUUCACUAAUUGUCAAAAGCUGAUUGGUCCUGCCUUCAAUACUAAUCUCUUCAGCAUAAGCUUUCCAAAUUAAUCUUAUCCUUCAUUCAAUUAUAGACUGUUACUUUCUUUUGUAGCCCACAAUACUGUAACUCCUAGCCUUUUUUCUAACAAACUUGUGUUUCAAGAUUUACUCGACUGUUCUUCUCUUUUCAGCAAACCCCAUAUUUGUCAAAAAGCUCAAAUCUUUGAUUUGUAAAGUUUGAAUCUUGGUUCCUAUUUUUCUGUAAAUCCUGUUUUAGUUUCUGGGGUUUGGAAAAGAUAUCAUUUUGAUAAUCUUUACUUUUAUGGGGUUUAGUAACAGAAACAUACUUAGAAGGGAAAGUUUGAUGUUAGAUUGUUGAUAAAGAUUGGAUUUUGACAUAUAAUUAGAUGCAAUCAAGAGUUGUUCAAAUGGAGGAGAAUAAAACUAGGGCUUUGCCACAGAGGCUGUUACAGUUACUGAUGUUGUUUCUGUUUUUGUGUUUUACUUUUUCUGUGGCUAGUAUUUAUAUGAUCAAGUACUUUGGAUUUCAUAGCAUAGUUCCUUCAGUAAAGCCUAGUUUAGUGCCAUGUAUUGAGGAAGAAUCUAAUAAAAACUUAGAGCGUUGGAUUAAUCCACCAUCCAAUUUGCUACAUAAAAUGUCUGAUAAAGAGUUGUUAUGGAGGGCUUCUAUGGUACCGCGAAUAAAGAAGUAUCCAUUCAAGAGGGUUCCCAAGAUUGCAUUCAUGUUCUUGACUAAAGGGCCAUUGCCAUUGGCACCUAUUUGGGAGAGGUUUUUUAAGGGGCAUAAAGGGUUAUAUUCUAUUUAUAUUCAUUCAUUGCCAUCAUUUAAGGCUAAUUUCCCGGCCUCAUCAGUGUUCUACAAGAGGCAAAUUCCCAGUCAGGUGACAGAAUGGGGAAGGAUGAGUAUGUGUGAUGCUGAGAGAAGACUCCUUGCAAAUGCAUUGCUCGACAUCUCCAAUGAGUGGUUUGUUCUGCUUUCUGAGUCAUGCAUCCCUCUCUACAAUUUCAAUGUCAUCUACAAGUACAUAAGUCAGUCAAAGCAUGGCUUUGUUGGUGCAUUUGAUGAUCCUGGACCAUAUGGAAGAGGUCGAUAUAAUGAGAAUAUGUUACCCGAGGUUAACAUUUCUCAGUGGCGCAAAGGAUCACAAUGGUUUGAAAUGAGUAGGAAGCUUGCUCUUUACGUAGUCGAAGACACAAAAUUCUACCCCAAGUUUGCAGAGUUUUGCAGGCCAGCAUGUUAUGUAGACGAGCACUACUUCCCGACUAUGUUGACUAUUCAAGCAUCAAAUCUCUUGGCAAACAGAAGUAUAACAUGGGUUGACUGGUCAAGGGGCGGGGCUCACCCUGCCACUUUUGGAAAAUCGGAUAUAACUGAAGUGUUUAUGAAGAGAAUGCUGGAAGGACGUAACUGUACGUACAACGACCGAAAUACAUCAAUGUGCUUUCUUUUUGCAAGGAAGUUUGCUCCAAGUACUUUGGAACCUCUGUUUCUGCUAGCCCCAAAAUACUUAGGUUUCUAGAUUACUAAAACUCUAAUUUUGUUGUAUCAGAUAGGUUCCUCAGUAAAGAUAGGUCAUUGCCUGCCUAUUCAUUUUUCUGCCAGCAUGUUGAGUUUGUUGUUGGACUGGUUUGCUGAUACUUUUAGAUGAUAAGCUACAUGGGUUCUUCCCCAUUUCCAACCUUCAAACUAUACUAGACAUGUAAAUGCAUCAGAGGUAUUUAGCCUAAUAUGUAAUUGUUCUUCGAUUGCUUC